AUGGCAGCUAUGAUCCCACCUGUGAAGCUGAAAUGGCUUGAACAUCUGAACAGCUCCUGGAUCACAGAAGACAGCGAAUCUAUUGCAACAAGGGAGGGAGUUUCUGUCUUGUAUGCUAAGUUAGUCAGCAAUAAAGAAGUAGUGCCAUUGCCCCAGCAGGUUCUGUGCCUCAAAGGACCUCAGUUACCAGAUUUUGAGCGGGAAUCUUUAUCUAGCGAUGAGCAGGACCACUACUUGGAUGCCCUUCUUAGCAGCCAGCUGGCCCUGGCGAAGAUGGUAUGCUCGGACUCACCGUUUGCUGGAGCACUUCGAAAACGUCUCCUUGUGUUGCAGCGUGUCUUCUAUGCACUUUCUAAUAAAUAUCACGAUAAGGGGAAGGUGAAACAACAGCAGCAUUCCCCAGAAAGCAGUUCCGGAUCAACAGAUGUGCAUUCUGUCAGUGAGCGUCCCAGGUCGAGUACAGAUGCACUCAUAGAAAUGGGGGUUCGGACUGGAUUAAGCUUGUUAUUUGCACUGCUAAGACAAAGUUGGAUGAUGCCCACGUCAGGACCUGGCCUCAGCCUUUGCAAUGAUGUUAUCCAUACUGCAAUAGAAGUUGUGAGCUCUUUACCACCUUUAUCUUUAGCAAAUGAAAGCAAGAUUCCACCAAUGGGGUUGGACUGCUUAUCACAAGUAACAACUUUUCUUAAAGGAGUAACAAUUCCAAACUCUGGGGCAGACACUUUAGGUCGUAGGCUAGCUUCUGAAUUGCUUCUUGGUUUGGCUGCCCAACGAGGUUCCUUGAGAUAUCUUCUGGAAUGGAUAGAAAUGGCUUUAGGUGCUUCAGCUGUAGUGAACACCAUGGAGAAAAACAAGUUGCUGCAAAGCCCAGAAGGGAUGAUCAGCUUUGAUUGCUUCAUGAGUAUACUGACACAGAUGCGACGGUCCUUGGGAUCAUCUGCGGAUCGAAGUCAAUGGAGAGAGCCAACUAGGACAUCUGAUGGCUUAUGUUCCCUUUACGAGGCAGCUCUGUGUUUAUUUGAAGAGGUUUGUCGAAUGGCAUCAGACUAUUCAAGAACAUGUGCCAGCCCUGACAGCAUUCAAACAGGUGAUGCUCCCAUUGUUUCUGAGACCUGUGAAGUGUAUGUUUGGGGUAGCAACAGCAGUCAUCAACUGGUAGAAGGAACUCAAGAGAAAAUACUUCAACCCAAGCUUGCUCCAAGUUUUUCUGAUGCACAGACGAUUGAAGCUGGACAAUAUUGUACGUUUGUUAUUUCUACGGAUGGUUCUGUUAGAGCCUGUGGUAAAGGCAGCUAUGGGAGACUAGGACUGGGUGACUCCAAUAAUCAGUCCACAUUGAAAAAAUUGACUUUUGAGCCUCACAGAUCUAUUAAAAAAGUGUCAUCUUCAAAAGGAUCUGAUGGUCACACUUUAGCAUUUACAACAGAAGGGGAAGUCUUCAGCUGGGGUGAUGGUGACUAUGGAAAACUGGGACAUGGAAACAGUUCAACUCAGAAAUAUCCCAAACUUAUUCAGGGCCCUCUGCAAGGAAAGGUUGUUGUGUGUGUAUCAGCUGGAUACAGGCAUAGCGCUGCUGUUACUGAAGAUGGAGAGCUGUAUACGUGGGGAGAAGGAGACUUUGGAAGAUUAGGUCAUGGUGACAGCAACAGCCGCAAUAUUCCAACUUUAGUAAAAGAUAUUAGCAAUGUAGGAGAGGUUUCCUGUGGCAGUUCACACACAAUAGCUCUGUCCAAAGAUGGGAGAACAGUAUGGUCGUUUGGAGGAGGAGACAAUGGCAAACUUGGUCAUGGUGAUACAAAUAGAGUAUAUAAACCUAAAGUUAUAGAAGCCUUGCAAGGAAUGUUUAUUCGAAAAGUUUGUGCUGGGAGCCAGUCUUCACUUGCCUUGACAUCAACAGGGCAGGUUUACGCAUGGGGCUGCGGUGCGUGCCUUGGCUGUGGCUCGUCAGAGGCGACUGCUCUCCGGCCCAAGCUGAUUGAAGAGCUGGCCGCAACGAGAAUAGUUGAUAUUUCGAUUGGCGACAGUCACUGUUUGGCACUUUCUCAUGAUAAUGAAGUUUAUGCUUGGGGUAACAAUUCAAUGGGACAAUGUGGUCAGGGAAACUCUACUGGUCCCAUUACUAAACCGAAGAAACUACUUUCAAAUCAUCUUGCACUUGCACUGGCUGGGGGUGUAGCUACCAGCAUUCUUGGCCGACAAGCUGGUCCUCUUCGAAACUUGUUAUUUAGACUGAUGGACUCUUCUGUCCCGGAUGAAAUUCAGGAAGUUGUAAUUGAGACUCUCUCAGUGGGAGCAACUAUGCUACUUCCUCCAUUGCGAGAGAGAAUGGAAUUGCUACAUUCUCUUCUACCCCAAGGUCCUGAUAGAUGGGAAAGUUUAUCAAAAGGGCAGAGAAUGCAAUUGGAUAUUAUUCUGACAAGUUUGCAGGAUCACACCCAUGUAGCUUCCCUGCUUGGCUAUAGCUCACCAUCUGAUGCCACAGAAACUUCUUCAUUAUGUAUCAGCUAUGGAAAUCUGGCUGAUCAAACAUACGCUGUCCAGAGCAGUCAUCCGGAUACUCAUCUAGCUGAAAUCUUAAUGAAGACUCUUCUAAGAAAUUUGGGGUUUUAUACAGAUCAAGCCUUUGGAGAACUGGAAAAAAACAGUGAUAAAUUUUUACUGGGUACAUCAUCGUCAGAAAACAGUCAACCUGCUCAUCUUCAUGAGCUUUUAUGUUCACUGCAGAAACAAUUGCUGGCUUAUUGCCACAUCAACAGUGUUAGUGAGAAUUCCAGCAGUGUGGCACUGCUGCACAAGCACCUUCAGCUUUUAUUGCCUCAUGCAACAGAUAUCUAUUCCCGCUCUGCAACACUGCUUAAGGAAAGCUCGUGGAAUGGUAGUGUUGGGGAAAAACUGAGAGGCGUAAUUUAUGUAUCGGCUGCUGGGAGCAUGCUCUCUCAGAUUGUCAACUCAUUAUUGUUACUGCCAGUGUCAGUAGCUCGGCCUUUGUUGAGUUACCUGCUAGAUCUGCUGCCACCUUUAGAUCGUCUUAACAGACUGUUACCUGCAGCAGCCCUUUUAGAAGAUCAAGAAUUACAGUGGCCACUUCAUGGUGGACCUGAAUUAAUUGAUCCUGCUGGAGUGCCCUUACCACAGCCUGCCCAGUCUUGGGUAUGGCUUGUUGAUCUGGAGAGAACUGUAGCUUUGCUUAUUGGGCGGUGUCUUGGUGGCAUGCUUCAGGGACCUCCAGUGUCCCCUGAGGAACAAGAUACAGCUUAUUGGUUGAAAACUCCACUUUUCAGUGAUGGGGUGGAGAUGGAUAUUCCUCAUUUAGAUAAAUGCAUGAGCUCCUUGUUAGAAGUGGCCCUAUCUGGAAAUGAGGAACAGAAGCCAUUUGAUUAUAAACUGAGACCUGAGAUUACAGUCUAUGUUGAUUUGGCCUUGGGUUGUACGAAAGAACCAGCAAGGAGCCUCUGGAUCAGUAUGCAAGACUACGCUGUUAGUAAAGAUUGGGAUACUGCAACUUUAAGUAAUGAAUCACUCCUAGAUACUGUGUCAAGAUUUGUUCUUGCAGCUCUUCUAAAACAUACCAGCUUACUUAGUCAAGCUUGUGGUGAGAGCAGAUACCAGCCUGGCAAAGCUUUGGCAGAAGUAUACCGUUGUGUAUAUAAAGUUCGGAGUCGCUUGCUUGCCUGCAAGAACAUGGAACUUAUUCAGACUAGAUCAUCCUCAAGAGACAGAUGGGUGUUAGAUAACCAAGAAUCUGCUGAUAUUGAUACUCAAGAACAUUCUUUUACUCGUACAAUUGAUGAAGAAGCGGAAAUGGAGGAGCAGGCAGAACGUGACAGAGAAGAAGGACACCCAGAACAAGAAGAUGAAGAGGAGGAAAGAGAACAUGAAGUUAUGACAGCUGGUACCCGUGAAGUAGCUCGCAGUCGGGAUCGAGAUAGGAUGAACACUGGGACAGGGACUAGGCUUGAUGAUCCACCUCCUCAGUCUCAGCAGGAGCGAAGAAUCAGCACUGAUCCAACAGAAGGUCAAGAUGUGUAUACUGCUGCGUGCAACUCUGUGAUCCACAGAUGCGCUUUGUUGAUCUUAGGAGUAAGCCCUGUUAUUGAGGAGCUACAGAAACGAAGGGAGGAUGGACAGUUACAGCAGCCUCCCUCUACUGCUCCUGAGGGCAUCGGACUCAUGACAAG